AUGUUACUUAAAGGAUUAAAGCAUGAUUUAAAAGAAAAUUUAGAGGUUUGUUUAACACAAAAAGAAACCUUUGAAUUUUAUAUUUCCUUCUUUGAUAGUUUAUUUAAUGAAUUUACUAAAUUUGUAUUGUCUAUUCAUUAUUAUUCAGAAAGUGAUAAAAUCCAAAUUAAGGAACUAGCUGAUUAUCUAAUUGAAUUAUCAUUUGGUGUUAGUAAAAAAAAUAUGAAUUCAUAUAAUAGAUUUAUAACAGUAUAUGAUAUGUUUAAUUUAAGCUUAACUGAGAUAUCUAAUUUAUAUAGAAAAAAGAGAAUUUACUUAGAAAAUUAUGAAUUCAAACUUUUACUAAAAUUAAUAUUUUCAUCAAGUCAUGAGUUAACUAAUUUACUUGAAAGAUUAUGA